AGCUUCUUUAAUUUGUGCUCUCAUGUGUUUCUUCUCAUCUUCUUCUACGCUUGAGCAUAGCUACAGAUUACACAAGCUGCAGCUGUACAACUCCCAUGACCAUAGUCAUGGACGUCCGGAGCUGCAUGAAGGCCACUCUUCUUGCGAUACUCAUCCUGUCCGUGGUAACUUGGCUGUCCCACUUGUACUCUUGCAUAAAGAAUUUCAUGGAGUCUCUCCCUUCUGUUGUCUCGGCUAUCAUCUCGCCGAAGUGCCUCUUCAUCUUCUCCAACAUCAUCGUUGUGUACCUUGUAAGUGAGUCGAAGCUCUCGCGUCGCAGAAGCAAGCUGAUGAAAACCGGCGAUGAAGCUGCCGCAAGAGACGAGGAUAUGCUACAGGAUAGUAGGAAGCAGCAUGCUGAUCACGGGCUGACAGAGGUGUUGCUUCCGACGAUCCUCGGGGAGAGCAAGCAUGAACAAGAAAACAAGAUGGCAAUGGUAGUAGACAAAGAAAAGGAUUGCUCUGUAGGAAAUGAAGAUGUGCAGAUGCUAACUGCAGUACCUGAAGAACGGGAAACCUCUGUAGGAAAUGAUGGUGUGAGGGUGAAUCAGUGUGAGGAGAAAGUUAAUCAGUUAGUUCUGCAUAACAUCCAUGAAGUGCAGGAAGAAGAGGAAGAAGGAGGAGACCUUGAGUUAGAGCUAGGAGAGGAGAUGAGUGGGGAUGUGCAACGACAGCGCGCAGUGGACGAGGAAAGUGAGGAGUGGGACCUGCCAACGGCCGACGAGCUUAACCGACGUGUGGAGGACUUCAUCGCGAGGUUCAAUAUGGAGAGGCAGCUAGAGGAGGCAAGGAUGCCCGUGUGCUGCUACUGAUCAUUUUCCGAGGACCUCAUCAUGUGUUACGGUGAUAGCUUUAGAACUUUCAUAUGUGCAGUAGAUGUUACAUAAAUGUAAAUAAGUGUUUGGAGUGAUGUGGCCAAUGUUUUUAAUGUGUUUUUUUUGUAUUUCUAGAGGUAAGAAGGUAGAUUAACCUCCUAUACUGCACGGAGGAACAUGGCAUGAGGACCACAGUUCGAGCCCUGGCUAGUCCAUCCCCCACUCUACCAGUUCUCUGUCCUUUUAUUUAUUUCAUAUAUGCCACUGCACCAAAACAGCUCAAUUUCGUCGGCCACAUUUAUUUUCGUCGGCCUAUGGCAAGCCGAUGAAAACCACUAAAUUAUUUCGUUGGCUUACCCAAGCCGAUGAAAUUAAACUUAUUUUCGUCGGCCUGGUCAAGGCUGAUAAAAAGAAGGUAAUAUUUUCAUCGGCUUAACCUAGGACGAUGAAAAUAAGUGUAAUUUCGUCGGCCUCAUUUGAGCCGAUGAAAAUACAGUUGCCCUAAGUAGCGAACUGGCUCCACGCAUGUUUUCUUUGUACGCGCCACUAAGCCCCCACGCGCCGCCGCCGCCGCCCCCGAUGCCACCCCCGCACCUAUUCUGACCGCCGUUUUCUUUGUACGCGCCGCCAACCCCGCGCGGCCUAUGGCGCUGCCACCCACACGCCCGAGCCGCCGCCGACGUGCUCCUCUUCGCCCUCCCAUGCUCGAGCUCAGUAGCUAGUUUGAGAAAAUGGAAGAUGAUCAAAGUUGGAUGCAUGAUGGUUGGAUAAGUAACGGAAUGCCUACGCGAGAGUGGAUGGUCAACACACAAGCUUUUGUGAAUCAUGUAUUUUUCUUGUCUUCUGGCGGUGGUUUGGCAAAAUAUCCAUGUAACAAGUGUUAGAAUUGUUCUCGUUAAGUCAAGAUUGAUAUGGAGCGUCACCUCUGUAAGUCUGGUUUGAUACCGAAUUAUGAGAGGUGGUACAAGCAUGGGAAGUCACGGGAGCAGGAGGCAUACAACCCAGUUGAUAGCUUUGAGGAAAAUGAAGAUAGGAUGGAUGCAAUGAUGGAUGAUUUUGUCGAACAUGUUGAGAAUGCUGCUGAGAUCCCGGAAUAUUUUGGUCUGCUUGCGUAAUCAAAAGAACCAUUACAUGGGGCCACUACUUUAUCACAGCUUGUUGCUGUGACACGGUUAAUAGCUAUUAAGUCGAAGUACAACUUUUCAGUAAGUUGUUACAAUGAUCUUGUUGACUUAAUAUUGGACAUGCUUCCCAAACCUCACAAGUUCCCGAAAGACUUUUACUACUCAAAGAAGCUGUUGGCUGGUUUAGGGAUACCGUAUCAGAAAAUCCAUGUAUGAGAGAAGAAUUGCAUGUUAUUUUGGAAGAAAAAUAAAAAUCUUAAGUACUGUUUGUUUUGUAAGAA